GGCAUUCCAUACACCGGUACGUGGCCUGUUGUGGCGAAUUGGAAGUGACUUUCGCAGAGAAUGAAGGAUGGUAUACUCUACAUGAACAUGACUUUGCUGGAACCUUCAUGCAUGUGUAUGUGAAGCCAACUCAAGACAUGAACUGUCACAAGUUCUUUGCUUGGAUGAAAUAUGAGGUUAAAAUUAAAAUGGGUGCUCUGUGUAUCUGCACUCACUGUGGGUAUGUGGUUGACGAUUAUCGUCAUCAUGCCAGCACCAUCGAACACCGACAGAGGAAAAGACAGUGCGGGGAGAGAACACUACAAAUCUGGCCAAGAUGACAAAAGGGGUCAUGCAGGGGUGGAUGAGGUCAAAGGUCAUGUAGAUGAGUCUGCUGUGAAUGGACAACAAAAGGAAACGUCAGACAAUGUUGAUAUCGUGGGCAUCAGGAACACAGACGAAAGUGAACAAGAUGGAAAAGAGAAAGAAGUUCCACAGGGUGUGGAGAUAGAGAACAUACGAGGCAAUCCUCCAAAUGGCCAGAGCAUUGAGAGACUUCAGAAUGAAACACAUCCUCUAGAACUGGAUCUCAUACCGGACUUUAUUCCUCAGAGGCGACAUGAAUAUUCCAGCUUGUGGAGAAAAGCAGAAGGUUGGGUGACGUCAAGUGAGAUCACGCCAUCUUCCGCCAAAGAUCUAGGGUCGGUGCUGUAUGCGAUGGCCCAUGCACCCAUCACCAAGGCUGAUGUCGGCUUCAAAGGUACACAACUCAAGGCAAGGUUGAUGCUAGCAGGAGGUCAACUUGUUGUAUUCAAGCCAAAGAGGUAUCAACGAGACUUUGUUAUUUAUGGAACUCCUUAUGCAGGCUAUGACAGACAUAAUGGAGAAAUAGCUGCCUUUCAUUUAGAUAGAUUAUUAGACUUUCGGAGGGCUCCGCUUGUAGUUGGACGCACAGUCAAUUUGAAAACUGAAAUACUUCCGGUCGCUUCGCCUACGUUGAACGAUACUUUCUUAGAGAAAGAUGGCAAUACUUGCUUCUAUGGCAAGUGUUACUAUUGUAAGCCAGAAGAUGCUGCCUGUGCAGACGGAGUUAUGAUGGAGGGGUCUUUGACCUUGUGGCUGCCACCUGACCUUAAACUAAAGAAGUGGAGACAUCUUUGGUCAAGGACAUACAAAGAUGGAAAGAAAGCAAAAUGGGAGACAGACGACCAGUACUGCAUUGAUCUGAUGAAAAGGGUCCCUCCUGAACGACAUCCCCUCAUCCUACAUAUGACGGAUGGUGCUGUCUUUGACUACCUGAUAGGCAAUGCUGAUAGACACAUGUAUGAGACCUUUGAGAAGGAUGGAGAUAGGGGCAUGCUCCUUCAUAUGGACAAUGCAAAGAGUUUUGGCAAUCCUUACUUGGAUGAAGGUACUAUCUUGGCCCCUAUCUAUCAGUGUUGUAGAUUGAGACGAAGCACAUGGAACACCCUCCAGCAAUUCAAAGAUGGUCGCCUUAGUCAGGUGAUGAGUCAGGUGCUGUCACAUGACCCCAUAGCUCCGGUCCUGACCAACUGGCAUCUGGAAGCCCUGGACAGACGGCUUAACGACAUCAUUGACACCAUGCACAACUGCUUCACCAAACAUGGAGAAGAUGUAGUCUUGAUAGAAUGAAUCGGUCACGAGACCAGUCUGGAAUCUUGUGGUUUCUUUAAGAUUACGAGACUUGCAGGAAGUAUGCUGACUGGAAGCAAGCCCGCAUCCUCAGUGUGAUGCAGAUGAUUUUUGAUGGCCCCUACUGCGUUAGCCUAUUAAAAAAGGAUUUGUUUACACCCAGCACAUUGAUUGAUCAGGACAAGACCAUUUGUGUAGCUGGUCUAAGGGUAUUUAGAUUUAUAUACUGACCAAGUGAUGUGACUAAAUAUCUUCCUGUAGAUGUCAAGCAGCAGUACUCUGUCCUCCACUUCUUUGGCGGGAAGUGGGCCAUUCUCUUGAAGCACAAACCUGAUCAAGAUUACAUUUUCUCCAUCUGCAUCCGUUCUUAAGGUUGUUUCGUGUCCAGGAGACAUUCUGGAAGGGUAAGGGUUCUAAAGUGAUCAAAGGAAUUCUUCUGUUGCAGGUAAAUACUUAAUCACGUUGCUGCUUAGAGGAUUGUUGUCAUCAAAUCAUUGAUCAAGGAUAGACUGGUCUUGACACUGAUUCAGACUUCUUUAGUUCUUCAUCCUGACAUGAACCCAGUGACUUUGUGGAAGGAUGCUGAAAGGAAGACAUCAAAGGUCUGUUUUUGUUAUCAUGCAGAUAACUUUUUUUUAUCCAAGUUAUCAGAAACUGCCAUAUAUCAGGAAGGGUAAGGUAUGCACAAUUAUCGUUUUUAUAAUGGUAUGAAUCAGAAGGUCUUGCCUUACUAAACAAGAAAUUAAUUUUAUCUAAAAAGAUAUGUCUUAUUUCAACAAAGGUGCUUAUUUAAUUGGCAAAGAUUUAGAAGAUGAGCAGUCUGUUGCAACACCAUAAUUCGUGAAGGUUUGGUCAGUGAGGACGAGUUCUCUGCAACUCUAUGUGUGCUAUCGGGCCAAGCGUAAUACUUAGAGUAUGCUACUUCUUGUCAGAGUCCAGCAGCAAGACGAACCAUGUAUUUUUGUAACAUUACUAUUUCUCUAUAAAUCUUUCAAUAAAUUCCAACUAUAUCUGAGUUUUCAAUCUAAAGUUGGGUGAUUCAACUUUCAGUGAAUAAAAAGUAAUCAGUACUAAUACUGUCAGCAACUCACCAUUUUCUCUCCCUUUUGUAGCCAUUUUCUAACCCUUUUCAGAGCUCUUUAUACCCAUUUUGUAGACCUUUUGAAAAAUUGCUAGAAAACAGCUAAUUUUCCUCUGUAAACAUAAAUGAAUGAAACGGCAACAAAAUAGGGAUUUUUUUGCUCCAUUUAGCGCACUUUGUGACAAUGCGGCUCUGGGUGGAAUAUUCUCAAAGUAUUCCACUAAACCUUAUUUAUUAAAACAUCUUUCAACAUGAUAAAACAUUAAUCACCUCGUAGGCUGUUUCACAUAAUGGUCCUGCAUAAAGAAAUAUACACAUAUUAAAAGGAAAGAUUACAAAUAAUUAGGAAUACAUGUAAUUAUAUACAGCAAAAUUAAAAAAACAAAUAAUACUAAAAAUGAAACAUCAGAAAAAAGGAACAAUUAGCAAGAUUUAUCUCGUGGUAAGAUAAAGAAGUGAAGGAAAAGGAACGAGGUUUUAUACAUCGAUAUCAAGACAGGAAUGGGUCUCAAUUUAAAGAAUCGUAUAAAUAUUAAUACUCAUAGGAAAUCAUAAUUGAUGAUAAGUAGAUGUGUCUUAUUUGGCAAUCGUGCUAUUAGUAUCAAUACUACAGAUAUUAUGUAUGGACCAUGGCUACCAUGGUACACUCUUGGGGUGGGAUGGGGCAAAACAGUGCUUCCACUUUUCAAAAUGAAACAUCCUGGAAUUUACUCUGAAAGUUCCUGGAAUUUCACAAAAUAUCCUAGAAUUCAACAAUGGGCUCUAAACUUCUAUAAGAUACUGUGUUUCUCUUCUAUGCGCAAAAAUAUAGUGCAACUGCCAGUACAAAUACUCAACAAAACCUGUUACACCUGUCCAUGCAUUACAUACAUGCAAGCCUCCAGCUAUCAACCAUCCAUGUUCGUGAAUGAAUGCUCACUACUGAGUAUCUGUAGUGUCCCAUACAGCCACCCUAUAAACACACACAAUAAACCAAUGAUGAGCUCAGUGUGAUAGCUUAGUGCAAAUGAACACACCACACAAUCCAUCUAUUGUUAAGCACAUGUGCAGUUAGUCUGGAUCAAGGAUACUUGAUGUUUUAAUCUGAAUAAUUUUUGUUUUAGUCUCCUUAUGUUUAGCUCAUUUGUUAAUUUUGCACCAAUUUCCAAUUUGAUAAAAAGUGAAAAUUAAAAUAAGACUGAACUUAUAACGUACUAAUCUACUGAGAUAAAAGAGCCAGGACCUUCCUACUCAGUUCUGACACAUCUGCAUCAUCUGCAUUUGCUAUCAUUCUGCCAUGGAGCUGCAGCAUGUGUUUUCCAGGGUUCAGUUUGGCAGUCUGUUGUGGACCUUUCUUUUGCAAAGUCAGUUUUGUCAGUAACAGUGCCAACAGUCUCUCUUGUUUCAUGCUUGUUCUAUUAUCUCUCUUGAUCCACUUUCAUUGACUGAAGACACUCUCCACUGAUGUAUUUGAGAAAGGAAAGGAAAACAUCACUCUGACCACUGCACAGAUUGAGGUAUUGUUGGUUUCCCGUUACUGUGCAUCUUUCACUGAGAAUACCCCUUUCCAGUACCAAUGAGGUAGCAUGUUAGCAUUUAAGGCUGGAGACAUUGGAUGUGUUCUUCAAUCUGUAUCAGCUUGCUGCACAGAAGCCACCUUCUCUAGGUAAAGGAGUUUGUUGUACAAUGGUGCUAGGCUUGGUACUUCUAGGUUGUAUGCAGUAGCUGGGUCCAGACAUCAAGAAGUCUAGUUACUCUACAUUGCUGAAUCUGACCUGGAUUUGGGGGACACAUUCCAUGAGGAAUUGUUUGCAAUGAUUCCGAAAUAACAGAAUGUCCAGCUCCUAAAUUGUCAACAAUACUCUGAAGUGUGCUGGUAGCUUUCACUCCAAUGUACACCUUGCUUAGUGGCACAUGCUUUCCUUCAUCUUUGACAUUGAGUUUCAUUGGGUCACUUUUGCGUACAUUAGAUAGUUCCAUGAAGUCAGAUGUGAAGGCUACCAUCAACUGUGUGACUUCCUUCUUGAGCAUAUGCAUAAGAGGUAUUCUGGCAACCUGCCG